AUGCCAGCCAAGAAAGUAGUAGAUUUGGGCUCAAUAGACGUCACAGGAUUACAACUGGCUGAUCCAGAUUAUCACACGCCUAACAAAAUUGACGUCUUGUUAGGUGCAGUCGUUUAUAGCCAGAUUGUUUCGGGGGAAAUAAGGAAAAACAAAGAAAAAACCCUUGUAGCCCAAGCAACUUCUUUAGGUUGGAUUAUAGCGGGACAGACUGGAUCAAACCAGAAUGUAUCCAAUGUCUCUGUGUUCCAUACUUACCUUGUUGAAGAUGAUCUGCUUAAGAAAUUCUGGGAAUUGGAGUCUGAUGUGUCGAUGGUCAAACGUCACGACCUGUGGACAGAAGAAGAGAAAAGGUGCGAAGAAAUAUUUGCAGCUUCUACUACUAGAGAUGAUAAGGGAAGAUAUGUUGUGAAACUCCCGUUUUCUGACGACGACCCUGGCUGCAAAUAUGGCCAGUCUAGAGAUGUGGCAGAAAAUAGAUUUUAUGCACUAGAAAAGAGAUUAAAUAAAAACCCGGAACUUCUAUCACAAUAUAAAAAUGUAAUAGAUGAAUAUGUAAAAUUAGGACAUAUGGAGAAAGUGCCUGAAAAGGAGAAAAAUAAAAUAGACGCGGUAUACUUACCCCACCACGCUGUGGUAAAAAAGGAGAGGGACACAACGAAGGUUAGGGUUGUUUUUGAUGCUUCCUGCAAGGGAAAGAAUGGAGUGUCAUUAAACGAUAAUCUUAUGAUUGGACCGAAAUUACAACCAGAUUUACGACAUUUAGUACUUCGCUGGAGAAUGUAUCCCAUAUCGCUAGUAUCAGAUAUCGUAAAGAUGUACAGACAAGUCAAGGUUACGGAAGAAGAUGCCAAUUUUCAAAGGUUAUUAUGGAGAGAUAGUCCUGAUUUAGAGCUGCAAGAUUAUAGACUACUCAGAGUAACGUUUGGUACUGCUAGUGCACCAUAUUUGGCAGUCAAGGCUUUACAACAAAUAGCUCUAGAUGAAGGAGAAAAUUACCUUCUAGCCACUGAAAGAGUACGCAAAGAGUUCUAUAUGGACGACCUCAUGACAGGUUGCGAAACGGAAGAGGAAGGGAUUGAAAUUUACAGGGAAAUGAACGAAUUAUUAGGGAAAGCUGGAUUUACGUUACAGAAAUGGACUACUAGCAGCAAUAACUUAUUGGAGAUGAUUAAAAGAGAGAAAAAGGACGUGGGGAGUGGCUGGAACUUUGUGGGGCUGUUCUUCUAA